AUGUCUAAGGAGAAAGUUACGGCUCAAAAACAUCGGCCAACCAUCGCCAUUGUACCCAGACGGCUAUCUGCAAUUCAACAUAAAAUCAAUCCACAAUCUGAUGAUAAACAGGAUGUUCAUUUGAAUAACAUUCCUAAUUUCCAGUCGACAGCAAUAUCAUCAACAAUUCCGCCUGCCAAAAAACCGCCACCAUUAGAAACCAAACAUGACUUAGUAGACCUCGAUCCCAACAAUCGAUUGUCAACGCCUAUUAAUGUUCGGAUUUUAACACCGAAGACGGAAACAUCCAGAAAUGUAAAAAAUCCCAAACAGCCUAAUGUUGGGUCUGGAAUAUGUUUCAACCAAUUGACGCGGAAACAGAAGUUCCUUAUUUUGACAAUUAGUUUGAUUAUAAUUGGCUCAGUUCUGACUGCAAUUAUUAUCUACUUUCCAAUCUACUAUCUCAUCAUUCAGCCAGCUAAUUCUCAAUCAUCAUUCACAAAUAUUACUGUAUCGGGAUGCUACGCUACAACAUGCAUCGGUCAAGAAACACCUUAUCGUACAUCGACGAUCACUGUAAUCUACCCUUUUGAUGCAAAUACAAAUGAUGUAAGUGGAUAUGCGACAGGAACUGCAUUCGGACUAAGUUCACCUGGAUACACUGGAUAUUGUUAUGUCGGAUACCAAGCAUUGACUCUCGCUUCAUUGAAUCAACAAUAUAUAUCGAUUCCAUAUGUUAAUUUAUCUCAACGCAGUUUCACCAUUGAAACAUGGAUUAUGCUCUAUAAUUCUGCUGCUUCGGGUAACUACGGCGUUUUCGGACAAUGCGAUUCGAAUUCGAUUUGUUUAUCAAUAAGUGUACAAAAUUCACGUUUCGUAGUCUCGUUCAAUUCGAUGAUGACGAAUAAUUAUACAUUAACUGGAGCGACUUUUGUUUCAGCGAAUAUUUGGUUUCAUCUAACGGUAGUCUACGAUGCUGUUUUAUAUCAGCAACGAAUUUAUGUAAAUGGUCGCAUAGAUGGAAUCUCUACCAGCAUUGUUCCUUCUUACCAAGGCACAUCAACUGGAUCACUAACAACGAUCGGUGGAAGUUCAUCAUUAGGCUACGGGACAACAUAUUUUCAAGGGCGAGUGGACAACUUCAUGAUUUCGGCCGGCAUCGUACGAACUAUUUGUCAAAUUCUCAAUGAUGCAACCCUGACGGCUUACUUUCCAUUCGAUACAACUGAUCCACUUAAUGAUCAUAGUAUCAAUCUGUACGGUAGUGUCAGCUCACCGUCCGUCACAAUAUCUACAGGUCGUGUUAAUGAAGCACUCUAUUUUACCUCCAGUACAAGCUACUUCCAAUCACAAUGUUUCCCAAAUUCAGGAUUAGAUGACCCACCAUAUUCGUUUUCACUUUGGAUCAAUCCAAGUUCACACGUUGGCGGUGGUACAAUCAUUCAUAUGUCAAAUUUAAUAUAUGGCAACGGAUCCAUCUGCUAUGAUCUUCUCGCUUUGACAAACACUGGACAAUUAGUAGCACAGUGGAUGCUUUGGAACAACACUUUCGACGGAUUUCACGGUCCCAUUAUAUCCGCAGGUACAUGGACUCAUAUUGCUUAUGUUUAUUCCGAAACGAACGGUGUACGACUUUAUGUCGGUGGGCAAUUAAGUGCUAUGUCAUCGAAUACGGCCACUCUAAAUAUAAAAGAUUUUAGUACUAUAUUAUAUGUCACGUUAGGUAAUAUCAGUCCUCUAGGUUCGUCAGCAUCGGUCAGUUGUAGCAAUGUUGCUGCUUUAUCUAUUGUUUCUGGAUCAUUCAUCGGUGCUAUUGACGAAUUCAGAAUUUACAGCCGAGAACUAGAUUCUCGAGAGAUUUGUGUAUUGGCAAAUCCAUGA